UUUUGAUUAUUUUUGCGUCACUAUGUUAUAAUAAAGGGGAAUGAGGCCUUUGAAAUUCAACAAACUUUAUGCAAAUUAUUUGCCACCCCAUUUCGUUCGCACUUGUGCUCUGCUCGCAUUGGAAUCGCACUCGCGCACUCUUCUGACGAGGACGAUACUACGAUACUCUCGGAAUUUUCGGAACUCGCACAGUACGUGCUUCACUAUUUUGUAUGAAGUCGCGAAAAAGUUUCUUUUGAGUUGUUUAAGAACCGGGAACGCGUACGGAGGUCUUCUCGCAUCGACGUCGCGUUGCAUAUUUUUAAAGCAAAAAAAAAAAGUUCAAAUAACAAAACAAACAAUUUCAACAUUAAAUUUACAAUUAUAAUUAUUUAAACACCAAAUUCAAAAAGCAAUAAAAUUAUUAAUAAUUUUAAUAAAAUUUAGUUAAGAAUUAGUAUAAAUAGAUGAUAUUUGUUCAUAUGAUUGGUGCCUUUGUGGUUCAUUAAGGCUGCUGCUCUUGCUGCUGCUGCUCUGACAAAGAAAAAAUAUAAAAAAUAAUUUUCAUAUUAUAACGGAAAGAUAAUAAGCGUUAGACAUUUUUGUGGCACAUUUUUAAGUAUCCUCGGGGGAAGAAAUUAUAUACUUCAGUUUGAGUACGAAGUGUGUGAGAAUAGAUGUCUAUAAUAUUCGUUGAAUAUUCAAUGUGGAACACUGCAUAAUGUAUAUGAGUUGCAGCAUAAAGAAAAAUAAGAAGCACCACGUAGUGUGUUAGGUUGUAGUUAGCGGUGGUAGUCAAAUCUUGUUGCAUACCCAAACGCGCAAAUCUUCGUUAACCGCCAACCAAACGUGCUAACCAAUCUACCGACCGACCGACCUCCAUUAGCCGAAAGUGAGACCGAUUCCGGUUCGAGUGUUUACUUGAAUGUUAAGUCAGUACGAGUCUAAGUUUGAGUCAAGUGAGGACGAAUUACGUUAAUCUGGUUGCAAUUGAUGCUCAUAAAUGUUUUUGAUGCAUAUUAGCGGUUGAAAAUGAAAAUGUUAGAUUUUGUUAUGAAAUAGGGAAAAGUGUGAUAUGGUGUUAUAAAUGUGAACAAUUAAGAAUUCUCUAUUCAAAAUUAAACCCUAACCGUUAUCCCUCAGAACAAAAAACCAACAUAGUCCUUCCUUUUUGUGAACAAUUUUUUAUGCCGGAUUGACAUCAUCAUCUCGUCGCCCCCAAGAUGACCACUGAUUUACUCUUCCCGAAAAUAGCAGAUUGCUCAUACGUCUCGUGUUACUGUGAAGAGAAUGUUUGGAAACUUUGCGAACAAGUUAAGAAAACACGUAUCGAUGAACUUUCCAAGUGCUAUGCAGUUUUUGUAUCUAACGAGGGACGCACAGUGCCGCUGUGGCGACAAAAGGCCGGACGUGGUGAUGAUCAGGUUGUGAUAUGGGAUUACCACGUUUUUUUCAUGCACAACCCCUCACCCAAUCGAUGUUUGGUGUUUGAUUUAGAUACAACGUUACCUUUUCCAACUUAUUUCCAUAAAUAUGUGACCGAAACGUUCCGUUCAGACCUAGCGCUGAGACCAGAACACCACAGGUUUUUUAGAGUAAUACCCGCAGAUACAUAUCUUGUUGAAUUCAGUUCGGAUAGAAGACAUAUGAGAAGGCCAGAUGGUAGUUGGAUAAAACCUCCACCAUCUUAUCCUCCGAUACAAUCGAACAGCAAUGCUCACAGCUUGGGUGAUUUUAUAUGCAUGAGUCCUGGCAAAGGACCGGGCACUGUUUAUAGCCUAUCAGAGUUUGUGCAUACGUUCUAUAAAGCGCCGAAUGCAGUGGCUCAACAAAAUAAUAAAUAAUAUAACCAAAUUACAGCCGAUAAACUACAACAAACAUAAUUAACGCGCAAUAAAAAAGCUAAAAGGAACGACCACUUCUCAGUUAAAAGCAUGCACCUCUCCUACACCUAAGAAAGGCCCGCAAUAAAGCAAGAACUCUAUUUAACGGCAUAUACACUCCGCAGCAUUACUUACAUGACCCACGACCCACGACCAAAGCAAAUGGCAAAACUGCAAAAUAUACAAUAAAAAUGCUUUAAAAAAUUGAAAUUUAACAAUUUGUAGCAGAAGCAGACAUGACUGCAAAAAAUCUCACCAAAAGCAAUUCAUCAUUCUAAAUUGAAAGGGGAAAAAAAUUUAAAAAUAUAUAAUAAAAUCCUUAAAGUUUUUACGAU